AUGCCUUCUUCUGUCAAGAGCUGGUUUGCCCGCCAUUGCGCUCCUCCACCACCUCUCAACAACAACUCUCAAUGUCCCUGCACAACCUGCUUCAAUGGAGGCUCCCACUCCAACAACUCAGCCGCAUUCUCUGUGUCUUCAACAAGACCUUCAGGACUGUCAAGAGUUGACUCGGACAAUGCUUCUCUCAGCAGCGCCACAACCGUCGCUGCUUCAUCAUAUAUCGAGACACCCACCAAGCAAUGA